AUGCAGCUGCCAGUGUACCGGUCAGAGCAGCAUCAACGACAGCAUCAACAACAAUCAUGCCCCACAUUCCAGCAGCCUUUACCAAUACUCAAGCAACAGCAGCAACAACAGCAGUUUCCCACCAAUGCCAUCAUUGUGAGCACUCGACAGGAGGGCAAUCCCGUGCUGAAGUACAUAAGGAAUGUCCGAUGGCAGUUUGGCGACAUUGUGCCCGACUUCCUACUUGGGCGCGAAACCGCUUGCCUCUUUCUCAGCCUCAGGUUCCACCUACUGAAGCCAGAGUACAUCUACCACCGCAUCAAGGAGCUCCAGCGCUCCUACCGCCUUAGCAUCAUCAUGUGCCACGUGGACACAGAAGACGCAGUAGAGCCACUGGCGCAGGUGACUCGGGCAGCCAUCGGCAACGAUUGCACCCUGGUGUGUGGGUGGAGCAACCAAGAGUGCGCGCGGUACCUGGAAACCUUCAAGAGCUAUGAAAACAAGCCAGCAGAGGUGAUACAGAAGGAUCUGGGCACUGAUUACCUGUCUCGCAUCAAUGCAGCGCUCACAGUUGUGCGGGGUGUGAACAAGACGGACGUCAAGACAUUGGGGGACAGAUUUGGAUCGGUGGCGGUCAUCUUCAAGGCAUCGGCUGAGGAGCUACAAGCCUGCCCUGGCAUUGGACCCACCAAGGCCCGGCGACUGCAUGAGACCUUUCACCAGCCAUUCCGCCGCUCCAUCUCAGCUGCCGCAGCCGCCACACCUACACGAGUUAUGGCAAUUACUACAGUGGGUGGCUUGGAAAGACAACAACCAUUUGAAGGGCGGCAGCAAACGGCAUCUAUUGUGGCGUACGUGCAAGAUGAUGGGGAGGAGGCGGCUGCCUUCAGAGAAAGCGAUGAAGACUUUAUGUAA